UGUUUUUUUCUGUUGAUCGGCCUCUCUGUUUUUGUGUUGAGUAAGCUUUCUUUCUGAAAGAAGUUUUCGUUCUUAGUUUCUGGUAUUCUCUGUACAGGAAAUGGGGGGAAGGUGUGAUGAAUGCAGAUCAAGCGAUGAGUAUGUUUAUUGGACCCACUUCCAGUCCAGACAGUUCUUUCAGAUCCUCACCAACGAUUUCGAUCAGAAGCUUAACAUUCCCCCAAAAUUCAUGCACCACGUAAAGAAAGAAAUCUCGAGCUCCGUCUCUCUUAGAGGUCCAAGUGGGAAAACUUGGAAAGUUGAAAUUGUGAUGGAUGAGGAUGGCCGCUGCUUCUUUCAACACGGUUGGAAUACAUUUGUUCAGGAAAAUAGUCUGAAAGAGAAGAACGUCUUGGUUUUCAGAUACACCGGGAACUCGAUUUUCGAUGUCUUACUGUUUGAUCAGUUUAGCCUCUGUGAGAAGGUGAGCUCGUAUUUCCCAAGCAAGUGCGGAUGUAAUCUGAAAGAAAGUUCAACGGAGAGCUCUGUAGAAUUUAUAUAUUCAUCUGUAGUGGAUGUGGAUGAAAGAAAAAGAGGACGGGGAGGACGUGGUAUUAAAUGCUCUCCAUCAUUCAGAAGUAAAGGGAAAGAGGCCGAGAGAUCAGAACCAUUUAGUUGGCGUAAUACAUCUCAAGCUAAAAGGAAGAAGAUUGAGAAGAAGAGUGCCACACCUCUCCCUGCUAAGCGGAAACCCAAAAGAGAAGAACCUGCGGAUUAUUCAGGUGAUGAAGAAUUAUCUGAAAGCUUAAACCGGGCGUUUCAUAUACACUUUCUAUCAAAAAGACGACCUGUUACUGAAGUGGAGAUGCUGAGGACCCUUGAAUUGGCCAAUGAAGCUUUAGUUUUGUCAGAAACAAGUUUCAAAAUAGUUAUGCAACCAACCCAUGUGUAUAAGAGAUUUUACCUGACAAUCCCAGCUGCGGCUGUGAGAAUGCAUUUUCUUCCUAGAAGUGAAGAUGUCAUUCUUUCGGUAGAUGGAAAGACUUGGCGUGUGAUGUUUCGUUCGCGAUCACCCGGUCAAGGAGCCUUUUUAAACGGAUGGCCAAAAUUUGUAUUGCAUAACAACUUGGAAGAAGGCGAUGUCUGCGUUUUCGAGGUUGGGAAGAGAAGGAAUAACUUUUUACACAUUGACGUAAAGAUUUUUCGGGUUGUCGAAGAGGUGGUGCCCCUACAGGUCUUUCCUCUGAAAAGUGAAGCAACCGGAGGUGCACAUAAAAGACGCCGUAGGCGAGGCGGGGCUCUGACAGUUUUUUGAGAUGGCAGCUUCAAUUCAGCAGUUAACUAGUUGUGGGGUGGGCAUGGCGUUUGUAAUUGUAGUUAACUAGUUGUGUGUUAGAGCUGCAUUCUUCUUCAUUUUUAGUUUUGACAGUUUUAUUGGGGAUGAUGGUUUUAUGGAGAACUAGCAGUUUCCGCUUUCCACCUGUUUGUAUAUCAUGUCUCCCAAGGCCAUGUUUGUUGGCUGGUGCCCACCUGCCAAAAACGUUAAACCUCUUCCUCUUAGAAAGUGUGUAAGAACAUCGUCACCAAGGUUAUUCAGUCAACUUUUG